GGCGGCAGCGGCGGUGGCGACGGCUUGCUUCAGUCGUGUCUCUCUUACUCACUGGGGAACCCGGUGGCGGCAGCACCUUUCGAGGCAGGGACUUGCCUGCCGGAGCCUGAGGAGGGAAAGUCGCGACAAGCGGACGACGGGAGCAGCCAGUCGCCUCAGGUUCCGCCAUGAGCUGGGGCACCGAGCUGUGGGAUCAGUUCGAUAGCUUAGAUAAGCACACACAAUGGGGAAUUGACUUCUUGGAAAGAUAUGCCAAGUUUGUUAAAGAGAGGAUUGAAAUUGAACAGAACUAUGCGAAACAAUUGAGAAAUCUGGUUAAGAAGUACUGUCCCAAACGUUCAUCCAAAGAUGAAGAGCCAAGGUUUACUUCGUGUAUCGCCUUUUUUAACAUCCUUAAUGAGUUAAAUGACUAUGCAGGACAGCGAGAGUUAGUAGCAGAAGAAAUGGCACACAGAGUAUAUGGUGAAUUAAUGAGAUAUGCCCAUGACCUGAAAACUGAAAGGAAAAUGCAUCUCCAAGAAGGACGAAAAGCUCAACAAUACCUUGACAUGUGUUGGAAACAGAUGGAUAAUAGUAAGAAGAAAUUUGAAAGAGAGUGUAGAGAAGCAGAGAAGGCCCAGCAGAGUUAUGAAAGAUUGGAUAAUGAUACGAAUGCAACCAAGGCCGAUGUCGAAAAGGCCAAACAGCAGUUGAACCUUCGUACACAUAUGGCUGAUGAGAAUAAAAAUGAAUAUGCUGCACAGCUGCAAAACUUUAAUGGAGAACAGCACAAACACUUUUAUGUGGUGAUUCCUCAGAUUUACAAGCAACUACAAGAAAUGGAUGAACGAAGGACAAUUAAACUCAGUGAAUGUUACAGAGGAUUUGCAGACUCAGAACGCAAAGUGAUUCCUAUCAUUUCAAAAUGUUUGGAAGGGAUGAUUCUUGCAGCAAAAUCAGUUGAUGAAAGAAGAGAUUCUCAAAUGGUAGUAGACUCCUUCAAGUCUGGCUUUGAACCUCCAGGAGACUUUCCAUUUGAAGAUUACAGUCAGCAUAUUUAUAGAACCAUUUCUGAUGGGACCAUCAGUGCAUCCAAACAGGAGAGCGGCAAGAUGGAUGCCAAGUCCACAGUAGGGAAGGCCAAGGGAAAGUUGUGGCUCUUUGGAAAGAAGCCAAAGCCACAGUCCCCACCCCUAACCCCUACUAGUUUAUUCACAUCCAGUCCUCCUAACGGGUCCCAGUUUCUCACACUCUCCAUUGAGCCCGUGCAUUAUUGUAUGAGUGAGAUAAAAACAGGGAAGCCCAGAAUUCCUUCUUUCAGAAGCCUCAAAAGAGGGUGGUCGAUGAAGAUGGGCCCAGCACUAGAAGAUUUCAGUCAUUUGCCACCAGAGCAGAGGCGUAAGAAGUUACAGCAACGCAUUGAUGAGCUUAACCGAGGGCUGCAGAAAGAAUCAGACCAAAAAGAAGCACUCAACAAAAUGAAGGACGUGUAUGAGAAAAAUCCACAAAUGGGGGAUCCAGGAAGUUUGCAACCUAAAUUAGCAGAAACCAUGAAUAACAUUGACCGCUUACGAAUGGAAAUCCACAAGAAUGAGGCAUGGCUCUCUGAAGUUGAAGGCAAAACAGGUGGGAGAGGAGACAGAAGACACAGUAGUGACAUAAAUCAUCUUGUGACACAGGGGCGAGAAAGCCCUGAGGGAAGUUACACUGAUGAUGCAAACCAAGAAGUCCGUGGGCCACCCCAGCAACAUGGUCACCACAGUGAAUUUGAUGAUGAAUUUGAAGAUGACGAUCCCUUGCCAGCUAUUGGACAUUGCAAAGCUAUCUAUCCUUUUGAUGGGCAUAAUGAAGGCACUCUGGCAAUGAAGGAAGGUGAAGUUCUGUAUGUUAUUGAGGAGGAUAAAGGGGAUGGAUGGACAAGAGCCCGGAGACAGAAUGGCGAAGAAGGCUACGUUCCCACAACAUACAUAGAUGUAACUCUAGAGAAAAACAGUAAAGGUGCAGUAACCUAUAUCUAAACUAACCAGGCUGCUUUGUGCCAUGUAUAACAUAAAAUGACAACACAUUCUACAGGUCAGAAAAACCAAAAAGUUAAGGCAUCCUGAUGCAUUGUUCACUAUGUGAGCUGAGUGCAGGCUUGAUCAGAGAGUGUGAAUAUUGCUACAAAGAAACUCUGAUGCCUUACUGUUUAAGCGAUGUUGGUGUGGAAGCUUAAUUGAUGCUUUUUGCUUUCUGUCCUGCCUAAGUGUGUGUAAAGGAUGUGUGCUUUUCUGCCUUAUAAAUAAUAGAUUUGAUCAUUAGGCAAGAAUCAUAGGUAGAAUGUUCCCUGUCCCCUUCGCUUCAGAAACAACAGUGACUGAUGAAUUGAAAUAAGCAAACCUACUCUGGACUACAGAAAGCUGAUUCCCAGGAGCUGCUCAACCUAGGAACUGAGUUUAUAGCUUCAGGUUCUAGGAAGAAAAGUAAUAGUUGGAUAAUUGGGUAAAAUGACAGUCAUUUUCCUUGCUAUUCUUAACUUGGUUUCCUAAAGAAAGAAACCAGUACCUGGUAUAUAAUCUGUUUAAUAUGAGCUCAUCUCAGGAUCACAGGAUAAUUCACCUGGUGGAGCUUGUAUACGAAUAAAACAUCAUUGAGGCCUGAAAGUAUUUUCAGGUAUACUGGUAAUUUUUAGUGAUGUACAAAGUUCAUUCCAAGCUAAUCUUAUGCUUGUACUUUUCACUUGAAAGUAUCUUUUAGAAAUACAUUAGUGCUCGUUUAGUGUUUGGCAGUUACUCAUA